GUGGAGCGUGGAGACUCGGCUCCGCCCCAUCCACGUCGCGGACGGUGACGUCGAGUGUCGUGACGUCAUCUCCCCGCGCCGGAUCUACUGCCGAACACUUGGGUCCGCGUGGGGAGAGCGGCGGGGCCAGGCCGAGCGAUGGCGCUCUUCCGGAUCGCCAGAUACGAGGAACCAGAAAAGGUGACUAGUACUGAGGACCGGGCCCAGGUGCUCCUGCAGAGGCUCCAGGUGCAGGCCCGGGAGCGGCAGCUAAAAAAGCAAAAGCAGCAAGAGGCUAAGGCAGAGACCAGAUCCCCUGGGGACAAGACCCCAGGACCUCCGGGGCCUGCAAAAGUUACCCCGAGUCCUCCAGCCCCGGAGGAGCCUACACGAAAAGCCAAGAAGAGGAAAUGGGGGGAUGGGAGCCCCCCCAGGUUAGAAAAAUCGGAAUCAGAGCCAGACCCUGAGUCCAGCCAAAAAGAGACCUGCAGCCCCAGGAAGCCAAAGGGGAAGAAGAAAAAGAAAACAGGGAAGAAGAACUCAGAAGCUGCUGCAGAUAAAAGCAGUGAAGAGCAAAGAAAGGAAAAGGACUCCGUGGGGGCCUCAGAGCCCUCGGGAGAGGCCAAUGAACACCCACUUAUUCUGGGAGUGCCGGCCAAGCAGGCCCUUCCCAAGGUCCAGCCUUUCUUACCCAAGUGGCUUGCUGAACCCAGCCGAGUCCAGAAGAGUGUCAAAGAUGACCUCAUCCCAGUCGAGGCUAUCCCUGGAAUCCAUCCUUGCCUACAAAAGAAAUUAAAGACGAAUGGCAUCUUGUCCUAUUUUCCAAUUCAGGCAGCAGUGAUUCCUGCCCUCCUGGAGAGUGCAUCCCACGGAUUCCUGGUGGCCAGGGGUGGCUACCAGCCCAGUGACAUCUGUGUGUCUGCCCCAACAGGCAGUGGGAAAACACUGUCCUUCGUCAUCCCUGUGAUCCAGGUCCUGUUGGAGCGCGUAGUGUGUCAUAUACGGGCCCUGGUGGUGCUGCCGACAAAGGAGCUGGCCCAGCAGGUGAGCAAAGUGUUCAACGUUUAUGCCGAUGGCACGGCCCUGCGCAUCGCCCAGAUCACUGGCCAGAAAUCUCUAGCGAAGGAACAGGAGAUCCUCAUCCAGAAGACGGACUCUGGGUACUGCAGCCUGGCAGACAUCGUCGUGGCCACCCCUGGCCGCCUGGUGGACCACAUCGAUCAGACGCCAGGAUUUAGCCUCAGGCAGUUGCGCUUUCUGAUCAUUGAUGAAGCCGACCAAAUGAUUGACAGCAUGCACCAGUCCUGGCUGCCGCGGGUGGUGAAAGCAGUUUUCCAUGGCGACAGUGCCCCCGGCUCCAGCCCACUCUUCCAGAGACUGGAACCCAAAGCCAUAACGGCUGCCAGCACGAGCCAGCCCCAGAUGCCGCUCCAGAAGCUGCUGUUCUCCGCCACUCUGACUCGGAACCCCGAGAAGCUACAGGAGCUGGGCCUCUACCAGCCCCGGCUCUUCUCCACCGGCCUGGAGAACCAAGGAGCCACAGCCCAGCCAGGGACUGAGCAGGAUGGGGAGGGGAAGUAUACCUUCCCUGCAGGGCUCUCGCAUUUCUACGUGCCCUGCACUCUCAACUCCAAGCCCCUGGUCAUCCUGCACCUGAUGCGCAAUAUGAAGUUCUCCCGGGUUCUGUGCUUCACCAACUCUCGGGAGCACUCCCACAGGUUGUUCUUGCUGGUCAAGGCCUUUGGGGGGGUCUCUGUGGCUGAGUUCUCCUCCAGAUUUGGACCUGGCCAGAGGAAGACGAUCCUGAAGCAGUUUGAACAGGGCAAGAUUCAGCUUCUCAUCAGCACAGACGCCACCGCGCGUGGUAUUGAUGUGAAGGGCGUGAAGCUUGUCAUCAACUAUGACGCACCACAGUACAUCAGGACCUACGUGCAUCGGGUGGGCAGGACAGCCAGAGCUGGGAAUCCUGGGCUGGCAUUCACUCUGCUCCUGAAAGUGCAGGAGCAGAAAUUCCUUCAGAUGCUGAGGGAGGCAAGAGCUCCAGAGCUGGACAGGCAUCUGAUCCGGAGUGAGCACCUCAAGGCCCUGGUGCCCCAGUAUGAGGAGGCACUGUCUGAGCUCCAGAAAACCAUUCGGAAUGAAUGGAGGCAAAAGAAGGCCUGAGUCUGGCAGGGGAUGGAUGGUGUGUGCGGGGCUAAGCCCAAGGAGGCCUUGUGGGAACAGGAUACAGAGCUGCUGAUCCACUGGGCCUUGGGGACCGGCGUGCGCCUGCUGCCACCAAUAGGCACAGACUGAGGACUCGAUCACCGGAACUGCCUCCUGAUAAUGAGCCACUGAGCCCAGCGAUGGCUGGGCCACCAACCAAAGCAGGGAUGGGCUAGGAGACUUGAAUUUUAAAAACUAAACAGUCUUUCCACUUGUUUUGAUAGAAACAAGUACAGAUCUCAAGUGCAGUGAGACAGUGGGGUGCAUCCAGGCUGGUUCUGGAGGACUGUAGAGGAGGGGACAUUCUCCCAGCCAAGCAAUGGCAAACACCCUGCACACCUGAACUUCAGCAACCAGUGCUGCUGGGGGUCAGAGAUCAGGGAGGUGGUCGAGACUUUCACAGAGACAGGGUCAAGGGACUUCAGAAAUGGAAACCACAUCUCUCCUAUCGGAGACGAAGUGAAGUGAUUAAGGCCAUCAGACUGGAUUCAGGCCGACUGUGAACCCCUUGUCAAUGAGUGCCUACCACACACAAGGAGUUCUGGGCAAGGGGCAGGCCGGCAUUGUUCCCGUCUGAGUGAAUCCCUGGGUGCUGCCUCUAGACUGUUUAUUCAUGAUGAGCUUCUAACAGUACAAAUGUUACCAUGCACACCAUAUUAAAUUGGAAAGAAUGCCACCAGCUA